AAACAAAAAAACAAAAAAAAACAACCACGCCGACUAGAGGGUAUUGUUUAUGCCAGCUAACUCCAGAGUCGGAGGGAUGUAGCUGCGCUCGUUCAGCUGCGGCUUCACAGGUGACAUGAUGUUUAGUUAAUGUUUAAUAGCCGCAGAGCUAGCACCAGGCGGGCUAGCCGGGCUCUUUCUCUAGUUUCCUAAUACGCGACGACUCGUCUUGGGUUAAAGAGAAGACGCCCUCAUUCUCGGCCACCUCCGUCCUCCAUCACUGCACGCAGCGCCCCGAUGCCUAACACAUCAGAAGGUCAAGGAGCGAAUCUCCCCCGGCCCGCGGAGCAGUCGGGGCUGCAGAGGCCCGCGGAUGGAGAGGAGGAGGAGGACCAUGGGCUGAUCAGCUCUCUCGCCCGGGACGCCGCGAGGCUGAGGCGGGCUUCGAGUGCUGAGCUUCACCUGCAGUGGACCUGCCCGGUCACGCACUCCCGGGAAAAGUUCUACACGGUCUGCUCCGACUACGCUUUGCUCAACCAGGCGGCCUCCGUGUACUGCUGUCCGCCGAAGGUGGCCAGGAACAAGCAGGAGGACGGGGCCCCGCUCGGGAAGCCCAAAGCCUCCUCGGACUUCAGCGGCGGCCACACUGGGGGGGGUCCUGUGGGGUCGGACGGGGACUGCGACGUGGAUGAGGUGUCCUCCGGCCACGCUAAGCCUCUUCUGGCUUGGGAGAUUGACACAGCGGACUUUAAUACUGUAUUCACUAGAAAAAUAAGAACCAGUAAUGGGAAGAAAUGCAGCUCUAAGAAGAUGAGGGCUGCAGACAGACCCAGCAGGAAUCUGCAGGAUGUCCCUGUUCAUGCAUCACUGGAGGAGAUCAAACAGAGGAAAGUGCUGGACCUCAGAAGAUGGUACUGCAUCAGCCGGCCGCAGUACAAGACGUCUUGUGGCAUUUCCUCUCUGGUGUCCUGUUGGAACUUCCUGUACAGCACUCUGGGUGCAGGAAGCCUUUCACCCAUCUCCCAGGAGGAGGCGCUGCACAUUCUGGGCUUUCAGCCUCCUUUCGAAGACAUCAAGUUUGGCCCCUUCACUGGCAACGCCACGUUGAUGCGGUGGUUCAGGCAGCUCAACGACAAUUUCCGAGUGCGAGGUUGUUCCUACAUUUUGUACAAACCUCACGGUAAACACAAGACGGCAGGAGAAACGGCUGAAGGCGCGCUGAUGAAGCUGACCCAAGGCUUGAAGGAUGAGUCCAUGGCCUACAUUUACCACUGUCAGAACCACUACUUCUGCCCAGUGGGCUUCGAGGCUACGCCACUGAAAGCUGCAAAGGCCUACAGGGGUCCUCUGCCCACAAAUGAAAUGGAACACUGGAUCUUAAUCGGCGAGCCCAGUAGGAAACAUGCAGCCAUCCACUGUAAAAAAUGGAUGGACAUCGUGACUGACCUCAACACACAGAAUCCAGACUACCUGGACAUCCGCCACACAGAGAGGGGACUGCAGCGCCGCAAGACCAAAAAGGUGGGCGGUAACCUGCACUGCAUCAUGGCCUUCCAGAGGGUGAACUGGCAGAAGCUCGGCCCCUGGGCUCUAAACCUGGAGAAUCUGCGCCACGACUUCCAGCAGCCGGCCUCGGACCGGGCCCAGGGCAGCGUGGCCGACGACUCGGAGGAGAGGACGCCGUCCAAGCGUCUGGCCCAGCUGGGACGCUCGCAGAGCAUGGGGAGUCAAAAGGACACCUGCAGCUGGAAACGGCUGUCCAACACCUCAGAGUACAGACAGAGGAGCUCCCCCGAGAGCGACCUGGAGGAGGACAUCACAGACUGAGACGCUUCCUGUGGACAUGCAGGGGCGGGACGUCAUGACAACCGGCGAUAAAACACAGAGCAGAUGAUUCUAAAGGAUAGGCCCCUAAAAAACCUGGCAAAGUGUUGGUUCAACUCAUUGUUUUAACAGUUUUUAUUUGUAGUUUUUUAGGAAAUAUUUAAAUAGCGUUUAAAGGUCUUUGUCCUUUGACCUCAUCACAGCUAGAAACCUUUUUCCUCUUUUGUGUCCCCACAAAUGCGAACAAUCCCCCUGAGCUGUGACUUUAUAUUUCUGAUUUCAGGAGUGACGCAAAUGCUGCAGCAGCUUCAAAAUAUAGGUUUCCACUAUUUCAUCUUAGCACUGCCAAAGGAUUUCCUUGUUUUCCACAAGAACUCUAGCAAAAAGAGGUGAACCAAGACUUCUCUAGCUCUGCAAUCAGACUAAUUCCAGUCCGAAUAGAAGCCUAACCGUUCGGAAAAUCGCAUCCAAACUUUUUUUGUUCAGCUUUAGAACUUGCACUGAUAUCAACACUCUCUGGCGUGAAAGUUAUCACUGAAUGAAGAAGACUCAGUCUUAACUGUUUUUAAUAUUAGUUUCUGGUCUAUGGACGGAGAAUAGAGAUACAAACAUGGUCAGCUUUUGCAACAGUCAUGAAAAAUAAUGGCAAAUUAUGAGGAGGAAAGAAUUCACUGCAGCAGCGUAUCAGUGCUGUUGUAGAUGGAGACAGAAAAAAGAACAUUUCUGCC